CGCCUAUAUAUAUAUACACACACACCACUUCUCUGAGCUCAAAACACACACACAAGCUAAAGGCUCAAUUCAGCUUUCUAAAUCCACACAUUUAAAUUUAAUUAUUCUAUUAAAAUUGAAUCCAUGGCGAGAGUUCAUCCGAAUCCAUCGGCAAACACUUGUUCUUCUUCUUCUUCAUCAUCAGAGAAGGAGACGUUCACGAUCUGGAUGAAAUCCCUCGUCUGCCAUGGAAAUGGCUGCACCGUCUUUAAUUCCGACGGAGAUGUCGUUUUUCGAGUCGAUAAUUAUCAGCAGAGAUGCAGCAGCAAGGCCUUUCUGAUGGACUCCGCCGGCAACAUCCUCUUCUCCUUGAACAGAAAGAAAUUAGGGCUUUUUGGAGAUUGGGAGGGCUUCAAAUGGAUCGAUUCCGUGGUCAGAAUGGAGAAACCGUGCUUCCGAGUGAGGCGGAAUCACGCGAUUUUGAGAAAGGAUAACUCGUGCGUAGUUUCUGUGGGAUGCGAUGAAAACAGCUAUACAAUCACAGGAUUUGAAGGGAAAUCGACGCUGAGGAUCACAGACUUUUCAGGCCAGAUUUUGGCUGAGGCUACACAGAAAUUGUCAGCAGAAGGAGUUGCUUUGGGAGAUGAUGUGUUGAGAUUAACUGUGGAGGCGCGUGCGGAUCAGUCGCUUGUGAUGGCGCUUGUGACAGUCUACGGCUUGAUUAACAGAAAACUCUAAUUAAAUUAAUUAGAUGAUGUACAUAGGUGAAGAGUUUGAUUGGAUAUAAUUAAUGAUUAUAUCCAUAUAGAUACACUGUCAAAGUGACAAAGUGUAAAGUCUUAGGUAGAAAAUGAUAGUUGGGAUCCUAAGCUACCUGCAUUUUGAGAGUGGGGGAAAGUGAGUUUUGAUAGUUAAAUACAGUUUUGUCUUUGUACAAGUUACUUUUUCUUCCAAGUAAUUUAGAAGCAGAGUUGAUGUUAAUUGUGUUUAUAAAUAUUGGAACUUUGAGUUUUUACUUAA